GAAACAGAAAGACAUGAAGGAAGUUUGAAGGAUAGAGGUAAAGAGAAAUGGAAAGUCCUAUGCAAAAGUUUUGAAAGGUGAACCAGAUACAAGAAGUAAUAAGAGGAUGAGUGGACCAAUUCUGCCAAUGAGGAAGUGGCAAAUGAAGAAGCAGGAGAAAAAGGAAUGGAACGGAUUAAAGGUACGAGUAGACAAGGAGGAUGUUGAAUGGCUUGAAAAUAGUUAUGUGGGAAGAGCCAAGUGCCCAAAAAUCAUAAGCACAUUACAAGAAAAGUUUAUGAUGGAGAAGGUACUUCUUUGCAAAGGUCACCCCAAUGGGUGGCAAUCUGACUUCUACUUACGUGGGGAGGAUAACUCAAUUGAAGAAGAUUGGUCUGAUGAGACAAAUGAUGAUGGACGAUUUUCAAAUGCAAAUUGGGGUGAAUGGCAAGUUCUGGAUGACAAUGUAAAGGAGUUUGCAAUGGUGGAGAUGGCAUCGGCAUCGGUGAGAGAGGAGGAAGGCAAAAGGGUGCCUGAUUCUUUUGAGGUGGCCAAUAUGUCAAUAAAUGUGGAGAAGCAAAAUUCAAACGAGGAGUCGGCGAUGGCAGGAAGUGAGGAGAACGUUGGCUAUCUACUAUUGCAAAUUGAAAAAGAUUUCUCAGUAGUUGAUUUGGGCAAUGAUUUGACAGCAGGUCACUCAUCUUCAGAAGAGACUCACCCACCAGGUUUUACCCCAACUCACCCCACGAGACAUGAGGCUAAUACAGGAAGUGUGGAGCUUCAACCCACAUCGACUCAAGGCCCAAUAAGCCAGGGAACACUUCACAAUAUGAAGGAUGCUCAAAAUAAGCCCAAAAAUAAAUACAAUAAGUUGGAGGGUGAGACAUUAAGUGCUUCAAUAGAUUACGAUCGGCGAAAGUCAAGAAAAGGAGGAACACUAGAUAGAAGAAAAGAAGAGAUACAGGAGGAACAAAGUACCCAACCAUUUUGGGAUGGUCUUGCGAGCGACAACGAAAUCCUUCAGGCAACAAUAAAAAGGCUUGCACGGGAAAGAAAAAGGAAAAGAAAGCAAGUAAAGAAGAUAAAAGGGGAUUGGGAAGCAGCUAGGCUUGGUGGCAGAAGGGAAUGCGGAGGAAAUCAUAAGGCAGUUGGGAGAAAUGGAGAAAAGGGACAGAACAGAAAUGACGUGUAUUCUCUUUGUGAUAAACAAGGUAAACAUAGGCUAAGGGAUGAGCUUUUGAAUAUAAUUGAAGAAUAUGGUGUUGGUAAUUGGUGCAUUGGUGGUGAUUUUAAUGCCAUAAGGGAUAUGGGGGAAAAGAAGGGUAAAUGGUAUGAUCCAAUAGAUGUGAGGGAUUUCAGCAAGUUCAUUACAGAUGCAGGACUAGAAGAUAUCCCUAUGGCAGGAAGGAAGUUUACUUGGUAUAAGUCAGAUAGCACUGCAAUGAGCAAGCUAGAUAGUAAGGAGGAGAAUGACAUGUUGGUGGCAACAUUUAUGGAAAAAGAAAUCAAGGAAGCAGUUUGGAGUUGCAAUGGAGACAAGAGCCCAGGCCCGGAUGGACUAAACUUCAAAUUUAUUAAAAGAAUGUGGCUAGUUAUGAAGGAGGAGAUCUGCAGGUUCAUUGAAGAGUUCCAUUCCAAUGGAAAGUUGAUUAAAGGAUGUCUUCAUUCUGCUUCUUCUUCAGUUUUGGUUAAUGGAAGCCCUACAAAAGAGUUUCAAAUGGAAAAAGUACUUCGCCAAGGUGAUCUACUAGCUCCCUUCUUGUUCCUAGUGGUGGUUGAGGCACUUAAUGGACUAAUAACAAAGGUUGCAGAUGAAGGCAUUUUCAAAGGGGUGUCCAUAGAUCAUGGGGGUGGUGAGAGGGAUAUUCAUUGCUCUAGUUGGUGGAAGGACAUAUGGAAUCUAGAUGGCUAUGUUAUGGGGAUGGGAGGUGGCAAUGGAGAUGGAGUUGGAGGAGAAAUCUUUUUGCUUGGGAAACUAAUCUUUUGCAGGAACUCACAGAAAAAGUACAAAGGAAAACGUUGGUUCAAGGACAAGAGGAUAGAUGGAUAUGGAGGCAGGACCCAAAUGGCAAUUACUCGGGUGUCCCUAAAAGUCUCAGCUUUUGCAUGGAAAGUGAUGCAAAACAGAAUCCCAACAAAGAAGAACCUGCAGAAACGUAAAGUAUUGACUAGUGAGGAUGACGUGUCUUGUGCAUUGUGUGGUAGUGAGAUAGAAAGCUCAGAUCAUCUGUUGUUCAUGUGUCUAGAGGCAUGGAAGGUGUGGUCUUCUUACUAUAAUUGGUGGGGUAUUAAUGUGGUAUCCCAAGACAAAAGUUGGAAUCAUUUGCUGCAGCAUAUAGGAUUAUUUACUAACAAGAUUACAAGGGAAGCGUGGAUGGUAAUUUGGUUUGCGGCUAUAUGGAAUAUUUGGUUAUGGAGAAAUCCAAGGGUCUUCAAGGUAACCUCUAAACACCAAUACAAGAUUAUUGAGGUAAUUAAAUGCCAAACUUUCCAAUGGCUCAAAGCUUAUGUUUGGUCGGAAAUCUCUAAAGACUUAUGGUAUGUUAAUCCGACUAAGGCUUGUAAAAUUGGGAUGAGGGGGCGCUUUGUCUGAAUCCAGUCUUCACAUAGGGUUGGAAAUCAUUAACAAGAGAGGAAGGAGUAGAUAUUUUUACUGCACUUUGGGUUAGCUUUAUUUUGACUAUGUUGAUUGUGCUGUCUUACAUAUUAUAAUUGCUUGUUUUUGUCAAAGGGCAAAAGUACCCUUGUACUCCAUUUAAUAAAAUCUUUCUUUUGCU